UUUAUUAUCUGCUUGUGAGACACUCUUUGGUUGUUUACCUGUUAGCCGCUAGACAAGGAGCUUUAAAGGUUUAAAGGUUUAAAAGAUAAAAAACGCGACUUUACGUCGGUUAUAUAAAGUCCACAGUUUCCUUCAAAGUUUUAUGCAAACAGCAGAAAGGAGCUUAGGGAGACACUGCAGCUGUUUGGGUGGUUUUAGCAGAAGUAAGGAGGCUAACGGCAGCUAGCUUGGUCGGCGAGUUCAGCCGAGUGCACUUUGAGCAGCUGCACAGAUCAGAGGUCACCUGGACAGCUGUGACGGUCCUCUGGGACGAUGGCGAACCCGCUGAGGGCUGAAGUGGUUCGACUCUACAAGAAUCUCCUCUACCUCGGACGGGAGUAUCCCAAAGGCGCCGACUACUUCAGGGACCGUUUGAGGGCGGCGUUUACAAAGAACAAGUCGGUUCAAGACCCGGAGCAGAUCAAAGCGAUGAUCGCUCGAGGGGAGUUCGUGGCCCGAGAGCUGGAGGCACUCUACUACCUGAGGAAAUACCGAGCCAUGAAGAAGCGCUACUACGAGGACUGAGACUCAGAGAGACAAAAACAAAAACAAAAACAAAAAACGCGAGAAAGGAAACCUGGUUAUUUAUUGUCAGUGUAACUCAGCGUCACCGAGCAGCAGACUGCGACUGCCGUCCUCCGAGAACAACAGCAGCUUCAGAGUGUUAUUGUUCUAUUCCUGAAGUCAGGUCGUCACCGAGGACAACAUUUAAAUAAAAGUAUAUAUAAAAAAAAAA